AUGUCCGAAUUUAUCGAUAAUCAGGCCGAAGAAUCCGAACAUUCUGGUGAAAGCACCCCAGAGGAACACUCAGCUGACGACGAUGACGAUCUUGAUAUGCAACCAAAAGCGAAACGAGCUCGUAAACAGAAGAAGGCCAAAGCCAAAAAGAAGAAACGUCUAGCGAGUGAUGACGAUGAUGAAGAUGAGGAUGUGGAGGAUGACGAGGCAAGAAUCAAGAAGGAAAUGGCUGGAUUUGUGGUCGAUGAAGACGUUGACGAGGAGGAUCAAGAAAAUGAUGAUGAUGACGACGAUGAUAAGAGUGAUAACGAGAAAGAUGACGAUUUGGAAUUGGACGAUGAGGAUCUGGAUUUGUUGAAUGAUAAUUUGGAUAUUCAACAAAGACCGUCUGGUGGACGGGUCGUGAUCGAAAGUGAUGAAGAGGAAGACGAUCGAGAACGCAUCAAGAAUAACCUCUUUGCUGGGGAUGAAUUUGGUGAUGAAGAUGAGCAUCAUGAAAAGGAAUCGGAACGAAGCAGAGAUCGAUACGAUAGAGGUGACGAAACGGGCAGUGAAAGUGGCAGAUCAGUGAUGAUGAUUUUAGAAGAUGAUUUUAUUGUAACUGACGAUGGUCAUCAAAUACGACAUCGUCAACGUCGCAAUCGAGUCACGGAUGUGCCCGAACAAGCGAUGGAUGAAGCAAGAGAUAUAUUCGGUGUUGAUGAUUUUAACUUCGAGGAGUUUUAUGAUGAAGAUGCUGAGCCAGGCGACGAGGAAGAAGAGUAUCCGGAAGAGGAGGAUCGUGAUGAAGGUGAAGGAGGCACUGGACGGGUUCGACGUGUUAAAACCAAAGAGAAGAAAGCCACUCUUUUGGAUACCAUUGAACCAGCAGAACUUGAGGAAAAGCUCCUGGCACCUCGCGAUAAACGAAUCCAGUUGGAGGACAAACCCGAAAGAUUCCAGCUGAGAAGAGUGGCUGUCAGUGAAGCCGAUGAACACGAACUGGAAUUGGAAUCGAAGUGGAUUUAUCAGUAUGCGUUUGAUAACGCCACUCUUUCAAUACAGGUUAGUUUUAUGUCGUGUGAUUCGAUUGAAAAGACUUCAUUACUUAUGCUUUCGUUUCAGGAAGAAUGCUGUUUAACAUUGUUGGCACGUGCAGAGCAUAGUGAUGACGAGCGUCGGAGGAUAUCGAAGGAGGCACCUGAGAAGAUUAAAGAAGCACUCAACUUUAUUCGUAAUCAAUUGUUUGAGGUACCGUUCAUUGCGUUCUAUCGUAAAGAAUACGUUGAAUCAUGUCUUGUUAUCAACGAUCUUUGGAAGGUUUACCAAUGGGAUGAGAAGUGGUGUCAUUUGCAACAGCGAAAGAAACGUUUAUUGGAACUGAUGAAGAGAAUGUUAAAUUAUCAAAUGGAGAACGAUAUUACCCCAGCGUUGAGGGUUGUCACCGAGCAAGACAUGAAUGAAGUUCAUGGAGUUCAAACAGUUGAGGGUUUAAUGGAUGUAUCGGCCAAAUUUCAACUGUAUUAUGGACCUGAGGUGCCGAAAAUGAUUGAUUGGGAGACGAUACAAAACAUGCACGAAGAUGACCCAGAACGUGAGGCUAGAGAUACGAGAUUCAGAGCCGCAACUCGAACUGAUAGGUAUAUGCUAUGCAUUCAAAAUGGCAUCGAUGCAUUGGCGGCACGUUUUGGUUUAACUCCACAGCAGUUUGCCGAGAAUCUUGAGUGGAAACGGCACGAUGUGAUACAGGAUGAGGAAGAACCGUUGAAAGCGGCCGANGCAAAAGCUAUGAGUUUUCCGACGCCUGAAUCGGUGCUAGCUGGAGCCGUGCACAUAGUGGCGAAACAGCUGAGUCGUGAGCCAAAAGUGCGUGAAAUGGUUCGCAUGCGAUAUCGUCUGAGAUUACGAAUAAGUGUUAAUCCGACCAAAAAAGGCAGAGAGGAAAUCGACGAAAAUCACAAACUAUUCUGUAGGAGGUAUAUAAAAGACAAACCAAUCAAGGAGCUACAUCAUGAUGAAUAUCUUUGGUACAUUCAGGCGAAGAAUGCGGGUUUAUUGAAUGUACGAUUGCACUGUGACACAGAAGAUGAUAUACGGAUUAAGCGAACGUUUGUCAGUGAUUUCUUGGAAACGCAACCAUACCAUAAAGAUGAAUUCUCGAAUGUAGUUGAAAUGUGGAAUAAGGUACGUGAAGAGGCAGUAACCGUUUGCAUAAAUGAUUUUCUGAUACCGAUUCUGGAGCGUGAAGUGCACGAGAGGCUGAUGCAAGAGGCGAGGGAUUAUGUGGUUAAGCAAUGCACUCAAAAUCUGUACGAGCGUAUCAAAACAGCAACUUAUCACGUUGAUCAAGACUAUGAAGAUGAUUACCAUAACGAUGACUACGGAUCAGGAAUACGAAUACUGAGUUUGUGUUACCCGGAAGAAAGAGAACAAGCCUCGUUCUGCGCAUUGAUUGAUCAAGAAGGGCAGGUUGUUGAUCAUCUCCGACUUGUACAUAUCAUGAAAAAUAGCAAUUCAAUGAAACCUGGCGAAGCUGAUUUGAAGCUUGAAUUUCCCGAUUAUCCGUUGCUGCUGAAACAGGCCGUUUCGUUAGGAAGGUCAUUGCUGGACCCAUUGGUUGAAUAUUGCCAUUUGUCUAAUAUUGAACAGGACGUGCUCUGUAUUUCUUAUCAUCCACUUCAGUCUGAAAUUAACAAAGAUGAUUUGCUGAAUGCGUUGUCGCUUGAAUUCAUCAAUCGUGUAAACGAAGUGGGUGUUGAUGUGCAUCGAUGCCUGGAAUUCCCGUACAGUUCGAACAUGCUGCAAUUUGUUUGUGGUUUGGGACCGCGUAAAGCGGCCAAUUUGUUGAAAAUAUUGAAGCAAAACGACAAUCUGCUCGAAAGUCGAACCAAAUUGGUCACUUUAUGUCAUAUGGGACCAAAGGUGAGUGCACGUAGUCGUGUGUUUAUGAACUGCGCAGGAUUCAUCAAGUUGGAUACGGCGAAGGUGUCCGAAAGAACUGAUGCUUACGUUGAGGUACUCGAUGGAUCGCGAGUUCAUCCAGAAACUUACGAGUGGGCACGGAAGAUGGCCGUUGAUGCACUCGAAAUAGACGAUACAGCCGAUCCGACAAGUGCUCUUGAAGAGAUCCUUCAGAAUCCAGACAAACUGAAGGAUCUGGAUUUGGAUGCAUUUGCGGAUGAAUUGGCUCGACAGGGUUUCGGGAAUAAAAGUAUAACUCUGUACGAUAUUCGUGCUGAACUGAAUCAUCGCUACAAAGAUUUGCGCAUCCCAUACGAAAGUCCAUCACGUGAACGCAUCUUUACAAUGCUCACCAAGGAAACACCGGCAUCAAUUGGAAAACUAAUGUUAGCGCGUGUUCUGCAUACAGUUUAUCGUAAACCACGCGAUCCGGAAGAGCGUGAACGAAUGCUUCCGAUUCGUGAUGAACGAACCGGGCAGUGGAAGUGUCAGUAUUGUUAUAAACCUGAUUUUAGUAAUACGAAUGAGGUUUGGCAACAUAUUGACUCAUGCCCAGGCCAGCCGGUUGGAGUGAAGGUCCGUUUCGACAACGGAAUCACCGGAUUUGUUCCGAAUAAGUACAUCUCGGAUCGACCGGAUUCUUUCGUAGAUCCAUCUGAAAGGAUGCAAGAGGACGACGAAGCAGAACGGAAGAUUAAAGAGCAGAAGAAAGUUCAGACGAAUUUUGUGAAGAGAGUCAUAUCACAUCCAUCAUUCCACAAUGUCACCUACAGAGAUGCUGAAAGGAUGUUACAAAAAUUCGAACAGGGUGAAGCAAUAAUAAGACCAAGCUCAAAAUCAGUUUCGCAUUUAACGGUUACAUGGAAAGUGGCUGAAGGGAUCUAUCAACAUAUCGACGUGAAAGAAGAAGGCAAAUUGCAUCAAUUCAGUCUCGGCAAAACACUACUCAUUGGCAGUGACGAAUUUGAAGAUCUGGAUGAGAUCCUCGCACGUCACGUUCAGCCAAUGGCCGGUUUUGCACGCGACGUUUUAUCGCAUAAAUAUUUCUUGGACGGUGUGAAAGCAGAAGAUCGUGAAGCAAUUGUAGCACAUUUAACUGAUGAAAGGAAGCGGGAUCAUACACGUAUACCAUACACAAUGACUCCUUCACAAGACUACCCCGGUAAAUUCGUGCUGUCUUAUAUGCCUGUCGCGAAAGCGAGACACGAAUAUUUUACGGUGACUCCGGAAGGGUUUCGAUUCAGACAGCAAAUUUUUCCCAGCCUUUUGUCGAUGCUCGCGUGGUUCAAGGAGCACUAUCGGGAACCUCCGCCAGGCGGUUAG